AUGGCCGAGGCCGAUUUCGAGAUCGAUUUUUAUGGUGACUCCGGACACGACCAGCCGAACCCGCCGCCGGGAGGUCAUCCGGAAGGAGAUGAUGAGCGGCACCACGAAGAGGGAAACGGCCAGGUCAAUGGCGAGCACCGUGACGAGAAUCGCGAGGAGCACCGUGAAGAGCGUCGCGAGGAGCACCACGGCGAGCACGCCAACGACCCGCGCGACACCCACGCCGGCGAGACGGAAGACGCGGCGUCCCGUCAAGGGGUGAAGAGAAAGUCGGAAGAGGAGGAUCGGCCGGUCGACCCCGGCGCGACGGCGUCCAUCAUGAUAUCCGAACUGAGCUGGUGGACGACCGACGACGACAUCCGGGGCUGGCUUCGGAAGGCGGGUGCCGAAGUCGAGGUGAGAGAGCUCACCUUUAGCGAGCACAAGGUGAACGGGAAGAGCAAAGGCCAAGCCUAUGUCGAGUUUCCCUCGCGCCAGGAUGCCACGGCCGCCAAGCGCUACAUUGACAAGGAGGUCGCCGGAGACCAUGGCCUGCCAGGCCAGAAGAAGCUGACCACGUCGUACUGGAAUCCGGGCGUCAACCCGUUCAGGACGCUGCCCAAGGACGCUCCGGCACGAGUCAAGGAGCAGCCGCGCGCGGCCCCGUCGGGAUCCUACAACGACCGAUCCAACCACUCCGGCGGCUUCCGUGGACGGGGAGCCUUCAACGGAGGCCGCGGCGGCAUGAACCAGGCCAACUUUGGCGGCAACCGCAACUUCAACAACAACGGCAACGGCAACGCGAACAGCGGUCACAUGGGCUUUAACCAGAACAUGGCCGCCGGUUUCAACAAUCCCAUGGCCGGAGGCAACUUUGGCUUCAACGCCGGCCGGGGCGGCAUGAUGGGCGGAGGCAUGCGAGGCGGUCCCGGCAUGAUGCGAGGCCGCGGGGGCAACAUGAUGAACAUGGGGCCCAUGGGCGGCAUGCCGAUGGGAAUGCCCGGCAACAUGGGCAUGAUGAACAUGGGUGGCGGCAUGCCAGGCUUCCCGGGCAUGAAUCCCAACUUCAACGGUGCCGGCUUUGGCUUCGGGCCCAACCACGGCGGCGGCGGCGGCAACGGCGGCGGCGGCGGCGGUGGCGACUGGUCCAACCCGCACGGGGCCAAACGGCCACGACCGGAGUAG